AUGGCAAACACAAGCGACGAGAUUGCCCCGGUUCCUGCCCUUAACCAGGAGCAGGCUCGCCGUGAGAAGGCCGCCGAGUUCCUCGCCAGUCAUGAAGAUACUUCCUUCACCUACGAAGAGGAGAAGGCAGUCCUCCGCCGCGUUGAUAUGCGACUCCUACCACUGCUUCUCGGGGCCUACUUCUUCCAACAGCUCGACAAGUCCACUCUGAGGCACCUGACCAUGAAAUUCAAUUUACCUCACAAUAGUUACACCUCCGUCUUCGAUAUCGUCUCCGGCGCCCACCUCGUAGGCGACCAAUACUCAUGGCUCGGCUCCGUCCUUUACCUCGCCCAGCUGGUCAUGCAGCCCGCCACGGCCUUCCUGCUCGUCAAGUUCCCCAACGGCAAGGUCAUCUCGUCCGCCAUCCUGCUGUGGGGUGCCUCCCUCGCCAUCAUGUCCGCCUGCACCAACUUCCACUCCCUCCUGGGCAUGCGCUUCGUCCUCGGCUGCUUCGAGGCCAUGAUCGCGCCGUGCUGUGUCGCCUUCACCCAGACCUGGUGGCGCCGCUCCGAGCAGACCAUGCGGACCAGCUACUGGAGUUCUAUGAACGGCGUCACUCUUAUGAUCGGGAGUCUGUUCACUUAUGGUCUGGGUCACAUUGACAGCCCUACCUUGUUCAAAUAUCAAAUUAUCUUCCUCUUCUGUGGUCUUCUCACUGUUGCCUACUCGGGCAUCGUCUUCUGGCUGAUCCCGGACUCGCCCAUGGAAGCCAAGUUCCUGUCGGACCGCGAGAAGGUCAUCGCCACCGAGAGGUUGAGGGCCAACCAGAUGGGCAUCGCCUCCAGGAAAUGGCGUUGGGACCACGUCUGGGAGACAGCGACAGACCUCAAGACAUAUCUGUGGUUUGUGGCCGUCACAUCUAUCUCCGGUGGCAUCACAACCUUCGGCUCUCUCAUCGUCAAGUCUUUCGGCUACGACAGCUUCACCACGAUUCUGUUCAACAUCCCAUUCGGGGCAAUCCAAAUCAUCUCGAUUCUCGGAACUGCCUGGCUUGCUCAGAGGUUCCAGUGCAAGGGCCUCGUCAUUGCCGCGAACAGCAUCCCGCCUACCAUCGGGGCCAUCUUGAUGCUCACUGUUCCAAGAGAUCAGAAGGGUGUGCUGUUGUUCGGAUACUAUCUUGUUUCCUGUCUUGCUUCCAUCACCCCGUUGAUCUACAACUGGCAGUCGUCAAACACUGCAGGUGACACCAAGAAGAAGUGUACCUCUGCGGUGGUGUUCAUCGGGAUGUGCACUGGCAACGUGAUCGGUCCACUGCUUUACUCCACGGACGAAGCUCCUCUGUACCGCAAGGGUCUCAUCGCUGACCUCUGCAUGUUUGUCGUUGUUGGCAUCGUUUCCGGGCUUAUCCCACUGUAUCUCAUGUAUCUGAAUAAGCGUCAUGCAAAGAGGCGCGAGGAGCUCGGAAAGAGCGCUGCCAUCGUGGACGAGUCCAUGGUCAAGAAGGAGAAGAUCGAGGAGAGCAAGGCGGUCGAGCUGGAGGAUGCGCAGGCACCGCAGUUGCGGUCCCUGGAGGAGGAUAAUGCCUUGCAUGAUGUGACGGAUCUCAAUAACGAGGACUUCAUCUAUGUAUAUUGA